UUUUGCUUAUUCUGUGGAAAAGAGCGAGCGAAGCAGAGGAGUUUCCGUUAUCCAUUUUUUUUCUCUCUCUCUUUCUCUCCCCCUCGAAGAUCUUCUCUCUCCCGGAAAAUAAAAAUAUCCACACAAAUUAGGGUUUCCUUGCGAACUUGGUUCCUUCAAUUCGAUUUCAACUCUCCCAUCAUGGUUACUGAUUCGAUCGCUAAUGCUUCAAUUUCUUUGGCCCCUAACGCCCGGGAUUUGCCCCUGUCCAAGAAGAGGAGGGCUAGGAACUCCAAAUUGAAGCAGUCCAAGCUUGACGUUCGUCGCGAGCAAUGGCUUUCUCGAGGUGCGAUAAAGAACAAAAAAUGGAGCAAAGAAGACAAUCGGCUUGAUUCAGAGGUCGUCAAAACGGUGGAAGAUGAUAAACUUCCCUCGAAAAAAAUAAAUAGGAGGGACAUAGGAGAAGAGGACGACAGAUCGGUCCACCAUCACAGCGAUUGUUCGGAGUCGCCGUCCAAUAGCCCCCCUAGUAUUGGAAGUAGUAUCUUGGGUGGUAAUGAUUCGGGUCACCAUUUUACUGGGAGUAGCAGUAGCAGUAGCUGCCGCAGCAGUUCUAGUGGGUGUCGCUCGGGGAGUAUAACGGAGGAGGAGGAAGAUGAAGGAGAUGAUGACUGCUUGGAAGAUUGGGAGGCUUUUGCCGAUACCCUAAUCGCCACUGACAAGCAGCAUGAUCAAUGCUCCGAGUCUUCCCCUAGGGGCGAUGUUGUUUCUCAAUUGGGUUCUUGCGUAGACAGCAGAAAUGAGUUGGGCGUAGGAGAUGGUGACUCGAGCAUUGAGCAUGGGAGAAUUGUGCGGAGGGCUUCAAUGAAUGGCCGAGCAUGGAGGCCUGAUGAUGCCGAUCGUCCCCAGAGUUUGCCCACGUUAUCAAAACAGCUUAGUUUACCGAAUACAGAUCGGCGUUUUGGAUGUGGAGGCAUCCCUUGGGCUUGUGGUGGUGUUAUGCCUGUGCCUACAUCUUGUCCAAUUUGCUUUGAAGACUUGGACCUUACAGACUCCAACUUUUUACCUUGUCCCUGUGGAUUCCGGCUAUGCCUUUUCUGUCACAAGAGGAUUCUUGAAGAGGAUGGGCGUUGUCCUGGUUGCAGGAAGCCAUAUGAUCGUGAUCCUGCGGAUAACGAGACAAACGAAUACAGUGGCAGCCCGACGUUCCCAUUGGCUCGUUCUUGUAGCAUGAUUUCAAGGUCUUAGGUAGUGUUCAGUUUCUGUGAGUUGUUAAUGUACGUCUGCUCCACUUUUCUUUUCUUUUAUUUUUCUGUCCUGCGUCUCUUGGGUACUAUAGUAGUCUUGGGCUCUGAUUUUCAUAGUAAUAGAAAGUGGCAUUUGGGUGUUGAAGUAUGGUUAUGAGAUUGAGAACCUUUAAACUGAAUUUCCUACAUGAGUGUGGUUCUUAUCUUGUGGUACAUUUGCCAAUGUAGAGGACUUAAUUCGUACUUGAUAUGUGAAUAGACGAGAUGGUAUAGAAAUAAAUACAUGGAAUAAUGAUACAACGUUUGUUUGUU